AUGGAGAAGCCAGACGCAGCUCAAAAGCAGCCACCGGAGAUCCUACGGGGUCUCUCGGGCGAAGAGAUGGAGAUACUGAACAAGAAGCUUGUCCGCAAACUUGACCUCCGUCUUAUGGCACCCCUCAUCGUCAUGUACAUCAUGAACUACCUGGACCGAAAUGCCAUCGGAGCCGCCAAGAUCUCAGGCAUUGUUCCCGAUCUGGGUCUGUCGGAUUCGCAGUUCCAGGUCUGCGUGAGCAUCCUCUUUGUCGGCAGCUACAUUCUCAUGCAGAUCCCCUCCAACCUGUUCUUGAACAAAAUUGGCAAGCCAGCGAUGUAUCUUCCCGCCUGCAUGAUUGUAUGGGGAGCUGUAUGCGCAUGUACCGGUGCGGUGCAUAAUUUCAGCGGGCUUGCCGCGACCCGCUUCCUGCUGGGCUUUGUCGAAGCAGCCUAUUUCCCGGGCUGCAUGCUUUGCCUCAGUGUCUGGUACACUCGGAAGGAGCUCGCCCUGCGGACUGCCUUGCUGUACUGCGGGUCCUUGUUCUCCGGAGCAUUCUCUGGGCUGAUCGCGGCAGGCAUAACGUCUAGCCUCGAAGGUGCUAUGGGUCUGAAGUCCUGGAGAUGGCUUUUCAUCAUCGAGGGUGCUGUGACCGUCGCGCUCGCUCUGGUCGUCUCGCCCAUCCUCCCCGACUUUCCCCACAACACCAAGUGGCUCUCGGAGCAGGAGCGUGCCCUCGCCAUGUGGCGCCAGACCUCCGACAUAGGCGAGGAGGACCACGACUCGUCCGAAUCGAGCGGCAUGUUCGACGCCUUUUUCCUGUGCAUACGCGAUUACAGGACAUGGCUCUUCUUUUUCGUCAUCCUUGGCGUCGUGUCCAGCGGUACCAUCAACUCAUACUUCCCCUCGGUCGUCCAGACACUGGGCUACGGGAGGACCCAGACGCUGUUGCUGACCGCACCGCCAUACCUUCUCUCCUGUGUCGUCAAUCUGGCCAUCAGCUGGCACUCGGACAAGACAGGCGAGCGCUAUUUCCACUUCACCGUGCCCGUCUGGUUCUCUGUCGCCGGCUUCAUCAUCUCAGCGGCCACCACCAACCUCGGCGCCCGCUACUUCUCCAUGAUGAUCAUGCUGCCCGGAGUCUACACCGCCUUCACCAUCGGCCUCACCUGGCUCGCCAACUCUCUGCCUCGCCCGCCGGCCAAGCGCGCUGCCGCACUCGCCCUCUGCAGCGGCGGCUCCAACGUCUCGAGCAUCUACGCCCCGUUCUUGUACCCGGAGUCGACGGCGCCCCGCUACCUGCUGGCCAUGGGCGUCAAUGCCGCCACCGCGUUCCUCUCCAUCAUCGUCGCCACUGCUGUGCGCAUCGUACUCGUGCGUCUCAACCGCAAGCUGGAUAUUGAGGAGUUUGGCUCUGUAGAGGCUGCCCAAGAGCAUCGCAAGCGUGGCCCACUCACAAGCAGCGGCGAGGCUGCACCAAAGAGCUUCCGCUACAUGUAUUGA